ACUGUCUGUCACCAACCAGCGCCUGGACCAUGCACGGAUAGUUCUUCCACUUGUGUGCCAUCAACGGAAACGUCACCAUUAACAUAACCAAGCUAGUUGGUCCAACGGAUACUUAUUUUUUGGGAGCAUCUGAUGACCUAAUGUGGUAUACGGACAGACAACAAAAUAUGCAGAGGAUACAUUAAGCAACAUGGAUUUGGUAAAACGCACCAAAUCAAAGGUGGGCCGCCUACAAAAUCUGAAAGGCCAGCAGCUCUACAGACAACUCCUCAACAAUGCCACCUGCGGUCUCACCUUCUCCAAAGAUGUUAUAUGGGAGAUGGGGUCAGACAGUAUACCUUACAGUCAAGCUGACUUCCACUGGCUUUUCAAUGCCUCUGGACCUCUGGCACCAAGUCCCAAGCCGAAGAGCACAGGGAUAAAAUCAAUGAAAGGUAUCCCCCUUCAUCCUUCACCUCAGGAUCCUGCCAAGAACAGAGGCUUCAGAGACCCUCCCUCUAUGCUGCCUGAAUUACAAAUAUCCCAUCUUGCUCCAUUGACUGCCAAAGACUCCUUUACACUCCCUAGUCACCAGGGGGGGCUCUUGGACUCCUUUAAAAGGACAGGACUACGAGGAGUUUCUAAUGUUUACAACUGUCUCGAGGAAGCAUCUACAGGAGGCAGGGAGGAUCGUUUAAAGAGCUGCCACUGGGAUGAGUUUGUGCUAAAGAAGCUGACCAAGACCACAGCCCAGUGGAUAGUGAGUCAACAGAUUCCAAACCAGUGCCAGAAUAAGACUCGGCUGCAGUCACUGCUGAGGAGUCAGUAUGGUUCAGCCAGCGCCACAGAUCUAGUCAAUGAGGAGCCCAUGUGUGAGGAGGAUUUCUGCAGCUACCAAGAUCUCCACAAGCAGACUGAGAAGCAGCAGGCUCUUCAGAGCAGCAAGGCUGAGACACCUCUUCCAGUAUACUACAGGCAAGGAGACAAAACCUACCGUAAUAUUUAA